AAGCUCUGUCUACUGGGACAAGAUAAGAUAAGUCCGCAAAGACCUGCUAUAUAAGAGAAGGUGUGAUCUGGGCAAGAAGAGAGCUUCGUGGGCCAGGGAAGGAGGGAGAGCCUUGUGGACAACCAGCUGAGUUCCGAGCCCAUUCCCCAGGAGCCCUCAGUUCCAACCAGCUGGCUGCCCUGCGCCCUCACUGCUCACCAUGCAGCCCCAGUCUGUUCUGCACAGCGGCUACUUCCACCCCCUGCUUCGGACCUGGCAGACCGUCACCACCACCCUCAGUGCCUCCAACCUCAUCUACCCCAUCUUUGUCACGGAUGUUCCUGAUGAUGUACAGCCUAUUGCCAGCCUUCCAGGAGUGGCCAGGUAUGGGGUGAACCGGCUAGAAGAGAUGCUGAGGCCCCUGGUGGAAGAGGGCCUGCGCUGUGUCCUGGUCUUUGGUGUCCCCAGCAGAGUUCCCAAGGACGAGCAGGGCUCCGCAGCUGACUCCGAGGACUCCCCGGCUGUGGAGGCGAUUCGUCUGUUGCGCAAGACCUUCCCUGGCCUCCUGGUGGCAUGCGACGUCUGCCUGUGCCCCUAUACCUCCCAUGGUCACUGCGGGCUCCUGAGUAAGAAUGGGACUUUCCAGGCCGAGGAGAGCCGCCAGCGGCUGGCAGAGGUGGCUCUGGCCUAUGCCAAGGCAGGAUGUCAGGUGGUAGCCCCCUCGGACAUGAUGGAUGGACGCGUGGAAGCCAUCAAGGAGGCUCUGAUGGCACAUGGAUUUGGCAACAGGGUGUCAGUGAUGAGCUACAGUGCCAAAUUUGCUUCCUGUUUCUAUGGACCUUUCCGGGAGGCAGCUCAGUCAAGCCCAGCGUUUGGAGACCGCCGCUGCUACCAGCUGCCGCCCGGAGCACGAGGCCUGGCCCUGCGGGCAGUGGACCGGGAUGUCCGGGAAGGAGCCGACAUGCUCAUGGUGAAGCCAGGAACGCCCUACCUGGACAUUGUGCGGGCGGUGAAGGACAAGCAUCCUGAGCUCCCCCUCGCUGUGUACCAUGUUUCUGGAGAGUUUGCCAUGCUGUGGCACGGAGCCCAGGCCGGGGCAUUUGAUCUCAAGGCUGCUGUACUGGAGGCCAUGACCGCCUUCCGCAGAGCAGGUGCCGACAUCAUCAUCACCUACUACACACCUCAGCUACUGCAGUGGCUGAAGGAGUGAUGGACAGAGUGUGCACGGCCCAAGAACUAGACCUUGACAAAGGUCCCGGGGCCUUGGAGAAGUGAAAACAAAAGUAGAUGCUGCUUUUACAACUAUGCCCUUGUGCCCUCUCCCUGCUCACAUGCUGGCAGGUGCCCAGCAGUUCCAGAUUGUUUCUGCCAGCUUGCCAAAUCUUACCACUCUUAGCCACAUCUUCAUGGGCUCAGCCAAGCUUCUCCACCCUCCCCUGGGUCAGCCCUGAGGCUGCCUCUACCUCCCCAGCUCCUUCCUCUGGUGUGGCUGCAGCUCGAGAGCUCCCAGGAACACAGCUGGACCGUGGCUCCUCGGAAGUUCCGGGAAGCCUGAGGCUCUGGCAGCAUUGCUGGGCGCUCGGAUGAAGCCUAAGUUGACAUGUCCAGGUUCAAAGUUGAGAUUUGCUGCGAUCCCACUGGAAGUCAGUUCCCACAAGGGCCAGUGGUGGCUGAGAUCUGCCCUACUCUGAGCCAUAAACCCAGGAAAUAAUGACUCGUUAACAAGCAGAAACCUUGCCUGGGGAUCAAAAUUCAGAAGCAAAGAGAAAGUUCCUGGUCGUGGAGAUGCCACCAUCGAAAAGGCUUUUUAGUAAAGAGAUGUCUUUUUGAGAGUUGUGCUCUGUGCCCAGGCAAGGUGCUGGGAACUGAGGAUCUAGCCGGACAGACCUCAGCUUGUCUCUCUGUAAGGAAGCUCUACAAAGAGAAUGGGAGAGACAAACAACAAGAAAACAGACAAAUGAAGCAGUUACAAAUUAUAAUGUGUGCCUUAAAAGAAAGAGGGUCUGAGACAGAAUAACAGAUGAGGGUGGGGCAGCUCCCUGAAGUCAAAGGAGGGUCCUUACAGAGAGUAGAGGGAAGCACACCAGAAGCCACCGGAGUGACACCAAGUGUGCAAGGAUCCUGCAGUGAGGAGCUUGGCAGCACCGCGGGAUUCAGGGUGCAGGGGAGACCAGGUGACAGGACUGGAGAUUAGAGAGGUAGAUCGGCACCUUCUAUGAAACUUGGGAUGUAUUUUGCAUCUGAUACAAAGACAGCUAAAGGCCAGGCCGGGGUGUGACUCAGUGGACUGAGUGCCAUCCUAUAUCUGAGAGGUCCCGGUUCUAUUCCUGGUCCGGGUUGUGGGCUCGGUCCCUAGUAGGGAGCAUGCAGGA